AUGGCUUUAGUCCCAGUCCACCGGGCCCGAAAAAACAGCAAAAAAUCUUACCGACCAGAAUCCUUUCUAAUGCCACAAGUUCCACGGAGCAAUUACUUACACUUGCAAGAAGAGAAGCAAAGGCUACAUCUAAAGAAAUUCCUCAUCCAUAGGAUGUUUCUAGUAGCCAAGAUCCCAGCACACACGGAGAAGAAAGACAUUUCUGAUUACUAUGAGCAGGUGUUUCAGUCAAUUUUAAAACAUCACCUAGGAGAGAAUGUAACGGGAUUAUUGCUCAUAUAUCCAACUUCCAUUCUUCACAUCCUUGAAUCUUCCAAUGGUACUCUUUUCCAAAUUCUUCUAGAUUAUAUUGCCCAUGACCAGAGUGAAGAUGAAUUCUUAAUGCAAGGAAUGAAAAUUAUAGUAGUAUCCCAUAAUAUCCCAGCCAGGCUCUUUCUGCAGUGGUACGUCUCUGUCAUAAAAGUGCCUGUCAUGUACCUUGAUGAUGUAACUCAGUCACUGUCUCUAGAUGAGGUCAUCUCGGAGUUCCUCACCCAAACUCACAAACUUGGACUCCACUUUUUAAAGACUGUUAAAGUGGGUACUAAAGGGCCAGGUGACAACUUGCACCAACUUGUACCAGAACUACUACUCUCAGAACAAAUAAUAAAAUACUUGUGCAAAACUGAAGAAUUCCUGGACCCAGCAGCAUUCAUAGAAAAGUAUAACAAUCCCUUACACAUCACUUUGGAUUCUGAGGUGGUAUGGCCUGCUCCUACCCGUUUCUAG